AUGGCCACUACGGCGCCCAAUUUUGUGUUCGGGGGAGGGUCCAUCACGUCCGACGGUGGGUAUACCAACGUGGGAGCCGUGAAAGAGCUGUUGGAUGUCCUGGAACGCGAGGGUAUCAAGCAGAUCGAUACCGCCCAGUUGUACGGGAACGGUACCAGCGAGGAGCUGCUCGGGGAAGCCAAAGCUGGCUCACGCUUUCUCGUCGACACAAAGCAUGUUGGGGGUUGGAUUCCAGGCAACUCGUCUCGGGAACAAGUCGUCGAGAGAGGACACGAGAGCUUGAGGAGAUUGGGUGUGAAGAAGGUCAACAUCUUCUACAUUCACGCGCCCGACUCCAAGUUCCCCUUGGGAGAAACGCUCGCCGGCAUCAAUGACCUCUACCGCGCCGGGACAUUCGACCGCUUCGGGCUCUCCAAUUUCACCGCAGCAGAGGUGGAAGAGGCCAUCCGCAUCGCAAAGGAGAAGGACUUCGUCGUCCCGAGUGUCUACCAAGGGAACUACAAUGCCGUCGCUCGCAGGACCGAAACAGAGCUCUUCCCCGUCCUCCGCAAACACGGGAUGGCGUUUUACGCCUACAGCCCCAUGGCAGGUGGAUUCCUGACAAAGACACGGGAACAGCUCUCGCAAAGCUCCGGCGGCGAGGGUAGGUGGAGUCGAGAGACAGCCUUUGGGCAGUUGUACAAUGCUCUGUACAAUAAGCCCAGCUUGUUGGAGGCGCUGGACAUCUGGAACGAGAUCUCGGAAACCUCCAAGAUCCCUAAAGCGGAGCUGGCGUACCGGUGGAUCGCCUAUCACUCGCACCUAGAUGGAAAGUCCGGUGAUGCCGUCGUCAUUGGGGCGAGCCGCAUCACCCAGUUGGAGCAGACGCUGGCGGGGUUGAGACGCGGCCCUCUGCCUGAGGCGGCGCAGAAACGCAUUGAUGACAUCUGGGAGAUGGUGAAGCACGACUCGGUCCUAGACAGCUACGAAACACUUAGACCUAACAACUAG